AUGCUGGGCAAGGCAAUGACCAUAUUACCCUCUGCUACAGCCAGGCGUUCGUUUGCAACUACAACUGCAGUCCGACUAAAACGGCAAGGUGCAUCAGCAUCAACAUCGGCUUCUCAACCAGUAUUUAAAAAAGAUCUACGACCGCCUUCUGCUCCUCCCGCGCGUUCCUUACCUUCUCCUCUCUCUGCAUCAGACUAUGCUUUCGCUUUGGAAGAAGGAAGGAGGUCGCGGGGUAAGGUAGGUUCGAUCUAUGCCAGUUAUCAGGCUCUGCCUUAUCGGACGAAACUUGUGUUUUGGACUUGUGGUGCAGGUUUUGCGGGGAUGGGUUUGAUGGUUGCCGAUAAGUUGGAGGAGUUGUUCCCUGCUCGGAAUAAUAGGUCCAAGCCAGUGGGGGGAGAGGAGGAGGCAAUGACAGCGAGGUAUAUCGGCUAUGAAAAGGAGGAGAACAAGCCGAAAUUGUUCAGUGUCUCUGUCGUCGAUCGAAAGUGA